UUACACAGAGCUGAAUUGCACCAUGCAUCUUGUAACCUGAUAUUUGGGUUGAUGCUGGAAGCAUAUCUGAGAGCAAGUGGUGCCUAUCUGAAAGAACUUAUUAAGCAAGUAGAAGCCAUAGAGAAAUUGACAAUGCUGACUCAUAUGAUACGUGAAAGAAAGGAAGACAACAAUCGGUUAAUGGAACAACAGAUGAACCAACCUGAUUACAUUGAUGUUCUACAAAACUUCUCAUCACCACUCUGUCCCAGCCAUACUUUGGGAGAUAUAUGUAUUGACAAAUGCAAUAUAAUGAACUCUGCAAAGCGCCCUCUAUGGCUGAAUUGGAAGAAUCCUGAUAUGAUGUCAGAAGCUUUGUUCACCAAUCAUAUGAUGAUAUUCAAAAACGGAGAUGAUCUGCGGCAAGACAUGUUAACGCUACAAGUCAUAAGAAUUAUGGACAGCGUUUGGAAGAAUGAGGGACUAGACCUAAU